AUGGCAACCGCAAUGGAAUCUCCCAUGGCUUUUCCAGAGUCUCCCAUGGACCCUGAUGAUGUUGCGUACCCCUGUAAAGGGUGUGGACAGAUUCUCGAGGAAGGAAAAGCCUUUGAACUGGCUGGAAAUAGAUGGCACAUCGACUGCUUCCGCUGCAACACUUGUGGCACUCUCCUCGACUCAGAUGCCAACUUGCUCCUCCUUGGGGAUGGCUCCCUCAUAUGCAACAACUGUACAUACAGUUGCAGCAACUGCAACAAUAAAAUUGAAGACCUGGCAAUAUUGACUGGAGAUCAGGCGUUCUGUGCAAAUUGCUUCAGUUGUCGCAACUGCAAACGAAAAAUCGAGAAUCUGCGUUACGCGCGCACUUCUCAGGGUAUCUUUUGCAUGGAAUGUCACGAAGCUCUGAUGGCCCGGAGGAGAAAGAAGUCAAAGGCAUCAUCGCGGUCCAAAGGCCCUGGCGCCAAUGCUCACCUGGAUAAAUCAUUGCCUGCUAUUCCGCCCCCUGAGGCUCGGAAGACUGCUUAUGUACCAGAGCCCGACCCUGUCUACGAGGAGGUAUACCAUGAAUUACCAACUCCUGAUAUCCCAUCCGUUGGUAGAACCAUCAGUGAACUACAGAAGGAUGUCGAUUCAAGGCCAUCGUCUUCAGAUCAAAAUCCGCCUCGCGAUAUGCUCACCCUCCCGUCCACCACCUACCGAAAUAAGAGACAUUCUAUGAUGUCACAGCAUUCAAACUUCUCAGGAGGAGGAGAAGAAUUUCUGAUCCCGCUCGCCUUUGAUCCUACACCUCAACCAUCGUCACAGUCCCCCAGCAUUUCAAGCCAGGCUACUCCGAGAGGUGCUGAAGAGAUGAAAAAGGAUUAUUUUACGAACCGACCAACACCACCUCAGGCUCAAGCACCAACACCUAAGCCGAUCACAUCCAGUCCUCAUAUUGCCUAUCAGGAGAAAGGCCGUCAAUCUUCACGUGAAAUCAUUGACUCUGUACGAAAGAGAACGGAAGGCAGUUCUGGUGGCUCCAGCUCAAUGACGGCUUCGCCAUACCUCCAAUCCGAGCCCCGGCAGUCUGAAGAAUCCCCACGUCCAACUCUGGCUUCGCGUGGCAACAGUGAGCUCUUAUCUAGUGAGAAGUUUAAAUUACAGGAAGCACCAAAGACCAAGAAAACUGAACGCCCAAGCACCAGCCUGAGGUCGGAAAUUGCCUCUCCCCAUGGCGAACCCGUUGAACAGUUCACCACCAGUACUCGGACAAUACCUGUAUCGGACAAUGACACGCCUUCUGAAAACGGCUUCUCAACACCGAGACUUUCAAACCUGUCUAGCCCUGCUGAUAGCGCGAGCAAUGAUUCUCCCAAGCACUCUCAGCUGACGUCAAGCUCGCUCUUGCAAAGCAUCCCAAAGCGAGGGGAUUCUUUGGACAGUGCAAAGAGAAGUCAAACGGUUGCUAGGAAAGAGGUCAAUGCCGCAGCAAAUAUUCCCUCUAGUUUGAGCUCUGCCAUCAAUGGCAACUCUCCAUCCCCCAAGAACGUCGCCAUCACUCCAACCAACUUGGCUAGGGCCAAUGGCGGCAAAGUCAUUUCUGGUCCCAUAGGGUCGCCAAACUCGAAGAGUAUCUUUGACACGGCUGAUAACUCGAUGGGAUCUUCGGAUAGCGUCUCCGGGAAAAAGGGGCUCACUUCUUUCGUAGAUCCUCGAGCACCACCGCUCCCACCUCCAGAUCAUUCCCGAUCCCACUCUGUCAGCACACUUCAGUCAAGUCAACAGAAACAUGCGGAUGGUGAGAAGUCACCCGGGUUACCUAGAUAUUCUACUGGCGGAGACUUCACCAUGGAUGAGGAUAUGGCACGUAUCAUGCGAGCAGACGAAAUCAACGCUCAAGAGUCCUUUUUGAAGAGAGUGUCUAAUUCUGUGAGGCAUGGCCGAAGCUAUAGCGAUAAAACCGGUAGGCUUUCUCGAGACCGGUGGCCUAAAUCCCCAGCUGUGACUUCAUCCUCAAUUGCACAGGAGAUCAGCAGCCCCAGCACCGCUUCUCCAGAAAAUCGCGACGAGCUCGCCUGGUUCAAGAACGAACUACGACGUGAACGACAAAAGACCAUUGAGCGAGAAAAGAGAAUUGCAGAACUGCAGUCUCAACUGGAGUCUACUGCUAGCAUCAAACAGGUCAAUUCGGAGCUUAGGGAGAAACGGUCGACCAUGGUUGUGCUUGACACACAAAAAGAGAUUGUGGUGCGAGAGCUUGAGAUCCUGACGGAACAUCUCGCUGCCGCUAAGCGCAGUGGUGAGCCAUUUGACGUGGGGAAAAUGAGCAACACAGUCCUUCACGACUUUGCCGAAUCUCUAGAAAAGUUGAAGAAUUCGUUCGCGCCACAGAUCGAAGAUUCGAUACAAAGGCGUAAUGAUCUGGUGGAUGAGAUUGCGAAUUUGACGCAAAUGAAGGAUAAGAGCUUCAUGGAGUUUGAGCAGCUUUCUUCGAAGAAUGCCCAAUUGGCCGAGCUCAACAACCAGCUAGUGCAUCAAAUCCAAGGGUUGUACAAGGCCAAUUCUGGAAGUGUACCUAUUGAGCCGACCAAAUCCGCGGUCAAUGGAUUGGGAAUAUACUCUCAUCACAAGGACAAGUCGAACAUCUCCUUUGAAUCCAAGGACAUGCGAAGCUUCUCGACCGACAAUACCAACAUCGACUCGGCGAGUACGCUACUGGCUGGCGAGGCAGAGCCAGUAACUGUGUUACAAGGACCACAGGUUGUCAACAUCAAGAAAGGCCAGGCCAAGAAGUUCGACUGGAGAAAAGGACAGAAGGUUGCCAAGGGCGUGACGAAAGGGUUGAAGGGAGCAUUCUCCUCGACUCAACAGAGCUACAGCCGAGAUCUCCAGUUUGCCGAAACAGGUGCAUAUGGAAAUACCCCAGUUGGCCAAGAGUAUUCCAGUCUACCCAAGAACAACCCUGAGCCUAUGAUGAAACAGGCCGGCUUCGGCUUCUUUGGUGGCAACCCGAAGACGGGCACAAAAUCCAAUGGGCUGUAUGGAACGGGGAAUAACGCCAGCAAUCCGUCCCUGCUGGUGGACGCAACUCAAGUGUUUGGAUCCGACCUUGAGCAACGCACGGAAUACGAGAAAGCGCCUGUUCCAGGGAUCGUUAGAAGAUGUGUGGAGGAGGUGGAACUACGAGGAAUGGAUGUCGAGGGCAUUUACCGCAAAUCUGGAGGCAACUCUCAAGUUCAACAAGUCAAGGACUAUUUUGAGAAUCCCACAGGAGACUUUGACAUUUCCGACCCAGAUCUGGAUAUUCAUGCGGUAACCUCGGGAUUGAAGCAGUAUUUCCGACGGCUGCCGAUGCCUCUUAUCACUUUUGACGUGUAUGAUCGACUUUUGGACACUACUAUGAUCCAAGAUCGUGACGGACGUGUGGAUGCCAUGGCUCUGGCAUUGGAAUCACUUCCGCGAGCCCACUAUGAAGUUCUUGAUUAUCUGAUCCAGCACUUGGCCCGAGUAGUUUUACAGGAAAAGGAGAACCUCAUGACAAGCAUGAAUAUUGCAGUGGUGUUUGCACCAACCAUCAUGAGACCGGAAAGUCUGAACCGAGAGCUGAGCGAUACCAAAAUGAAGAAUGAGGUGGUUCAGUGGAUGGUGGAAAAUUGUGAAGCAAUAUUUCAAGUCGGAAGGUGA